UUUUCGUUCCGGAUCUACAGGAGCAAAUAUGGCGGCAGAGGGAGAUGUGGAUUUGGACCUGGAAGCUGAGGAGAACUGCACUGGAAAACCAGCAGAAAAGCCUCGGAAACAUGAUAGCGGGGCCGCUGAUUUGGAGAGAGUCACCGAUUAUGCCGAGGAGAAGGAAAUCUCAAGCUCCGAUCUUGAAACGGCUAUGUCAGUGAUUGGAGACAGGAGAUCAAGAGAACAGAAAGCCAAACAGGAUAGAGAAAAGGAACUGGCUAAAGUCACUAUAAAGAAAGAGGACGUAGAACUCAUUAUGGGCGAGAUGGAGAUUUCCCGAGGAGUGGCCGAGCGCAGUCUGAGAGAACACAUGGGGAACGUGGUAGAGGCUCUGAUUGACCUGUCAAACUAACUGACCCCAGAGCAGCUUUAUGCAGCAGCAUUGGACACUGGACUGCUUCCUAGCCUGACCGUAUUCAUUGACUCCAUUCCAUGGCUCAAAUCAGACAUUGUCAACUGAAAUAAAACAUUGCAUUUCUUUGUAUAUUCUUCAACAAUACUUAAAAUUGAUUAGUCUUGUUUACAUUUUUGAUUUAUAAUAAAUGUGGAAUGAAAUAAAACCAAUGGAUGAAAAUGCAA